GGGGUGGAUUCUUCGUCGUCCAACUACUUGUCAGCUUGCAGGCUUUCAUUCUCUUGAAACUUAGGUCUUGCAGGCGCCUGUCUUCUCUCACGACUACCUCUAAAAGAUUCUAAAAUCUCUCAAUAUGUCUCAAGGAAGCAAGCCCGAUGUUUCAGAAGUUGCCAAGUUCGAUGCCGCUAACCUAAAGCACGUGCAAACGAAAGAAAAGAACACAUUGCCGUCGGAUGAAACCAUCAAGCAGGAGCUUCAGCCCGAUGAGUUUCCCGACCGUGCCGAGGUGAAAAGUUUUGAGAAAUCCAAGCUACAGCACGUUGAAACGAAGGAGAAAAAUACACUGCCCACCAAAGACACUAUUGCUGAUGAGAAGAGGACGGCGCCUUUCUCUGGGGUCGAGGUAUUCCAGAAAAAUAAACUUAAGCAUGUGGAAACGCUGGAGAAAAAUCCUCUUCCGGACGCGCAAAAUAUCCGAGCUGAAAUGAUGCCAGAGGUGUUGCCUGACCGCUCAGAAGUAGCCAAGUUUGACACAAGCAAGCUCAAACAUGUGGAAACAAAAGAGAAAGUUGUCAUGCCAACAAAAGAUGUCAUUGAGGCAGAAGCUAUUGACUCAAGAGCUGAAGUGAAGUCAUUUGACCACUCCAAGUUGAAGCAUGUGGUCACACAAGAGAAGAACCCCCUGCCCACCCCCCAGACUCUUCAUGAAGAACUUAUCCCAAAGAACAAGCCUGAUCGCUCAGAAGUUGCAUCAUUUGACCAUACCAAGCUGAAGCAUGUGACCACACAGGAGAAGAGCAUUAUGCCUUCACAAGAAGAUAUUAAAGAAGAAGCUGUUGAUUCUAGAGCUGAAGUGAAAUCUUUCGACCACUCUAAGCUUAAGCAUGUGGAAACUGUUGAAAAAAACCCACUGCCUUCCGCCGCUGUACUCAAAGAGGAGAUGAGACCAGAGGUACUGCCUGAUGUGUCAGCAGUUGCAUCAUUCGAUGCUAGCAAACUCAAGCAUGUUGAAGUGCAAGAGAAGAAUCCACUACCAACAAAAGAUGACAUUACCACUGAAAGCACUGAAACCCGUGCAGAGGUGAAGACCUUUGAUCACUCGAAACUCAAGCACGUACAAACUGAGGAAAAGAACCCACUACCAGAUGCUAAAACGAUCGCACAGGAGAAAGCCUCUUGAGCCAUCUCAAGUAGAUAAUUAACAUGCAUUGUAGGACUUUCAUAUUAACACCAUUUUAUAAGCCUAAAGUCACAAAUAGAGGAAAACAUUAAAAAACCUUGUAGAGAUUAUAAGUAAUUCUUAUAUACAAAUUUUACUCACAACUUGUAAGGAAUGCAUUGGGAUCUAUUGUACAACAAGCAAGUUAUGAAACCAGUUGUGUAGGUGCAUUUGUUAAGUAAUGUGUAUGGACUUUUCCAACAUAAAUAGUGAAGGGAUUGUGGACUUGUGUAAGCAAUAAAGCAAUGGUAAAAACCUGUUGAAUAAAGAUAAAACAUUUUGUGAGUAAA